AUGAAAGAAAAUUUAAUUAGUUUUAAAAAAUUGAAAAAAUCUAAUAACAGAGAUGAAAUAAGUCUAAAUGAAGAAUCUAAGAUAAUAAAAACCAAUAAAUUAGAAGUAAAUCACCAAACUAUCAAUUUGAAAAUAAAAGAAUACUGUGAUCAAUUAGAAAGUAGAUAUAAGAAAUCCGCAGUAAAACAAGAACAAUUUGAAAAGUUUAAUAAGAAAGAAGAAAUUAGUACGAAGAAAGAAUUAAAGAGGUUAUAUAAGAGUAAAGAAUCUAAAGUGAUAGAAAAUGAAAAUAGUUUUUAUAAAUCUUUAAGCAAUGAAGAUAAAGAGAUAUUAAAAAGAGGCAGUUCAAAAGAUAUAGUUAAUUUAUUAACAUUACAUUUAAUUAGAAACGGUGAAAAGUCAUUAAUAUUUAAAAUGUUACUAUCAUUUGCAGAAGACACACAUAAUGACAUUAAGUUGUUGGUUUGUAAAAAUCUAUUAGGAAUAUUAAUUGAAUUUAGAACAAUUAAAGACGAUUAUAUUUUAAAUAGAAUAGUUACCACAUUCGAAAUACAAGCAAGAAGUGAUUAUAUUAAGCAAUCAAUACAUAACAUUAUUUACAAACUUAUAGAUAAUGAUAUUUAUGUCAAUGAAUUUCUUCCAAUUAUUGUAGAUACGAAUCAUAUAAGGGUUUUAUUAAAAGAUGAUAAGCAUACUGAUGUUAUUAUUGAUAACAUGGAAGAGUGGUUUUAUAAGAAAGAUAGUUUUAAAUGUAGAAAUAACCUUUUAAAAUUAAUUAGAGGCAUAAAAUGUAAAAGAUUGUUUGAUUUUUAUAACUUACUCAAUAUAGGUGAUAAUUAUAAGAAAAUAGAAAGAGAAAGUAUCAUUAAAAGUAUUAUUGAUGGUUUAAUUUUGAAUUAUCAAGAAGUUAAAGAAAUUAACAAAUAUUUUAUUAAUCAUAUAAAAAAUACUAGCAACAUUGACAUAAACAUGAUGGAACUGUUGUUUAAAAUUAAAGAUGAAAGUAUUGAGGGCGUGUUAAUGAAAAUGAUUCGAAAAAAUUUAACGAGAAGUCAAGAACAGAAAUUAAUUUUAAUGAUAUCUGAUAACUUUUUUAGAAAAAGAAAAGAAUUUAUGCUAAAAUUAUUAGAACAUUCUAUAUUUAGAAGUGAAAUGUUUAUUACCGCUUUGAUUAAGGUAUUAUACUCAUUUAAGAUUAAUUUAUAUGAUUCAUUUAUUGUUUACUUCUUUAAAGAUCAUUAUCAACUAAUUGUAAGAAAAAUUAUUGACGAGUAUGAUACAGUAAAACAUUUUGAUUCAUUUGAUGAUGUUGUAAUUAAUUUACUAGAAUAA